AUGGUGAGGUCGCGCGCACAGAAGGCUGAGAAUGACAGCAAGGGAAAGGUGCUCUUCGGCCCCUCAUCUGGAAUUCAAGUCCAUUUGGCAAGAAGUGACGCUGAAGAGGACCUCAAAGAUUUCACGCCCAGCGAAAAGGUGGCGCAGAAGCAGGAACGCGGGGAAGAGCAAGAGCUCCAAUUUCGAGAAGCCUUGGAGUCGGAGGUGCAAAGCCUUCACGCUGACAUGGAAGCAAGAGCGAAAUUUGAGGCGGGCACCCUAGCAGCUCAACUUCGUGCGGAAGCUGAGGAUUCUGGUGAGGCCGCCAGCCGCGCGCUGGCGCGGCUAGUGGCGUGGCGCGAGGCGGCAGACCCGCGAAGGCAGUGGCUCGCGGAGGUGGUUCCAAUCGCCAGAAGUUGCGCCCAGAUCCGAGCAGCUGCUGAGUUUAUCAAGGUGUGUAAAACGCCGCCUGAGCCACCGCACUCCUUGGGCGCAGCAUUGAGCGCUGUGCAGAAGCAGCUUGGGACGCUGGAAAGCCAGGCAGAACGCGCUGCUUCGGGAGCGGAGUCUCCACGGGAAGGUCAACUGCCACAAGUCUUUCAGAAGCUGCAAAAUGCGCUCAAGGCCUUGGCAGAGCUGAAAGUGACCUACCCGGACAUGCCCCGAUCGCCGCACAGAAAUUCACCCAUGGCCUUCCUUGAAAGGAAGUUGUAUGGAAGGGAAGAAGAGGCCGAUGCAGAGGCCACAGCCGAAGCGUCCGAAGCUGAAGGGUCAAGGUAUUCCUGGCGCGCUCAGUUGGCUGCCUUGGCCUCCGCCGGUUUUUACGCGGUGGCGCCCGACCUGCGUGGCUUUGGCGCCACGGAGUCGCCCAAAGAGGUGGCGUCCUUCGAUUGCGAAUGCAUUGGCAAUGACAUGUUGGCGCUGCUGAAAGUGCUGGGACGCUCAUGCUAUGCGCUGGUGGGCCACGAUUGGGGAGCUAUUCUGGCCUGGCACUUGGGAUGUUUGUUUCCAGAGGCCUUUCCAAGGCUGUGUGUUAUGAGCGUCCCUCCCGUGACCCUGGUGGCAAAGGUCCCACCGGUGGAUCGCAUGUCGCAGCAGUAUGGCGAGGAUUUCUACUACAUCCUGUACCACAACGAGUACCAGGACUACGGAAAGCCAUGGCCCAUUGACGACCCAGCAGCCUUUACGGGCCCCGCAGAGAAAGAAUAUGAAGCAGACGUCGAAGGGUUCUUGAAGCGAUUGUAUCUCUCUGGCGCCCUUUCGACCAGCGAGGUCAAGGCAAUGACCCUUGAGGCGCCGCCAUGUCAAGAUCCAAAACGCUCUGCUGGCGGUCAACUCGACAGAUUGCCACUGUGCACAUCCUUGCCAUCUUGGAUGCCUCAAGAAGCUUUGGAUCGCUUUGUGGAAGCUUUCAAAGCUUCGGGUUUCCGUGGCGGCAUCAAUUACUACAGGUGCUUGAAUCGAAACUGGCAGAAAACGAAGAGUGCCUUCCAGAAAGCCGGUGGCAAGAUCAAGCAACCCACCUUCUUCAUCGGAGGUGAAUUGGAUCCAGUGAUUAAGACCUACGGUGGGCCUGAAGCCACCGCAACCAUGGUCUCCAAGGUGUGCUCCGACUUGCGGGGUUGUUGUUUCAUUGCGGAUUGUGGUCACUGGAAUACUCAAGAGAAGCCGCACGAGACCAAUCAAGCUUUGCUGCGAUUUCUGGAGAGCACCCGCGACCUCCCAGAUCUCCCAGGUCUCCCAGAUCUCCCAGGCCGCAGUCGACUCUGA